CCCUCCCGGGCGCGGCGGCGGCGGCGGUGAAACCUGAGCGGGCUCGGCAGGGGCGCGGGGGGCUUGGCUUGGCCGCUGCCGAGAGGAGGGCACCCGCAGCAGCCGCCGCAGCGGAGAGCGAGCGCGAGGCGGGGCUGAGCCCGCUCAGGCGCCUCUUGCUGCUGCCCGGCCCGCCGCCGCCGCCGCCGCCCCGUCGAACCCCCCGCGCUCCAUGGAGCCCUCGGCGCCGCCGCCGCCGCCGCCUCUGCAGCAGCCCCAGCCGCCGCCGCCGCCCUACUCGGAGCUGAGGCGCGGGAGCCUGGAGAAGCGCAGCCCCAGCGGGGCCGAGCUGCCGCUGAGCCACGACGGGGAGGCCGCCGCCGCCGCGCCGGGCGCCCCCGAGGAAGAGGAGCCGGCCGCCUACCAGCCCAAGAACUACCUGUGGCUCUCCAUCUUCGCCUGCUUCUGCCCCGCGUACCCCAUCAACAUCGUGGCCUUCGUCUUCUCCGUCAUGGCAUUAAACAGUUACACCCAAGGAGACUUGGAAGGGUCAAGAAGACUGGGGCGAAAUGCAUUCAUGGUUGCCAUCGCGUCCAUCCUCAUUGGCAUCGCUAUCAUUGGAAUCUACUGUGUUGUCCAUUUCACUACGCACGCCAUCUGAAAAAGCAAGACUGGACGUGAAGGGUGACCAUCUUCAAGCUCCUCUGGGAGAAGCCAAGGAAAUCCCUGAUGAAGGAGAGGGGGGAAGGACAGACCCAUCACCAGUCCAGGUGGCUUGAUUCACCCUGGGAGUCAGGCUCCAGGCGAGUUGCCGGUGAACAGUCUUGUUAGUUUCCACUGGUCACGAGAUGAGCGAAAAAGCCCCCAGCCAAAAAGAGUCUUUCUUGAGGAAUGCCAUUGGAGAGCCACGCUCUCCUCCCCGCUCCCUUCCCAUGUAUGUCCGAGGUGCUACUGGGCCCACCACCAUGCCCCCCUCUCCUGCCGUUUCUAGCCACUCUCCUCCUGUGAAAUGUCUCCCAGGCCGGAGGCAUUUGCUGGCUGAACUUUUGGGACUAUGACCUCAGUGUGUGGGGCAAGAUGCACAGCCUCCCCUUGACUCUGCUGACACACCUGGGCCAGGCCUUUGGUGCUCAGGAGAUGGAGCCCCUUUUACGCAUCUUGGGGUCCAAAUGGGAAUGCUUCUGUGGAACCACUGGAUGUCUUGGCCUCCUGCAGCUCUGCCCCACUGCCACUUGCUCUGUACGGGUUUUCACCCCGGAGUGUCUCGUUCUGGCAGGGAAAGUUGGCUUUGAAAAAGGCCAUGGCUGACGCCGGAUCUGGACCCUUUCUUCCACUGCAGCCUGCAGAACUCUCCUUCCUGCACCGACUUCUCUCUAGUCCACGUAUAAGGAACCCCUCCCUGCCUCUCCCCACAGCUUCUUUUCCAGCAUCUGUAAUGCAUCCGUCUGUCGAUCUUGCUUCUGCUCAAUGUUUGUGCUCAUCCUGCCUGUGAAAUGUGUGACGGCAUGUGUUGCCUGGUGGAUCAUUACUCAUCCUGAGAGCCAGGGACAAAACCUGGUGGUGCUGGCGGUGGCUAAGUGGCUUGGGAAAUGUUUUAGGGAACGAAGGAAACAGCCUGUUCUGCUCCUCUGUCUGCAAGAGCAGCUCCAUCUCCAGAAAUCAGCAGGUAAAGCUUGGGAGGGCAUGGAAAUUGAUGUUAUUAUCACCUGCUGAAGGCAGAGGAUCAUAGGCUGGCUGCGGCAUUGGCAGUCCUGAGGUGGUUGGAGAUUGGGAAUGGAAUUCAGCCAGGCUUGUUUUGGUACUUUGAUAUCAUGGAAGAAAUAUUAAAAUCUCCUUCUCCCCUCC